UUGGAAACACUUGCCGUUGCACUUGCCAGAGCAGAGCACAGAGCAGCUGAAAAAUGGCAUUGAGGACCACAUUGAUUUCUGCAAAACAAUUAAUAAAUUCGUUUGAGGAACUGUGCAGUGUAGCUUUGGGACUGAGACUACCCCAGAAACCGCACUUCCACGUGGUGCCAGUUACAAAUUGGGACCAAGUGUCCACACCUGUGCCUCAGAACUCGAAUCCUUUCGGUAUCGGCAAUGGAUUUUUGUGGGCAGUUCCGAAGCACAGGAGGACUGCAGAGAGAAGGAUGAAGAGGAAGUUUGGAUGCGAGGGAAAUUGGAAAUUAAUUCUGCCUAGAAAAGACUUGACUGUGUGCAGUAGAUGCGGCCACCACCAUGAAAUUGGCAUCAUGUGUUCCAACUGCUAUAAAAAAGUUCAGGAGGAGACAAAACUUGCUCAGAAUCUUGUCCAAGAAAAGCUGGGCCUGAGUGCUGUGGACAAGGAGGUGAUUCUCCUUUACGAAAAUGAGUCGCCACCGCAAGAUGCUCAGAAUAAGACGGUCGUUGAAGUACCUCGACCCCGACCUCAGUGGUUCAGCCGCAAUUUGCUGCAGAGGUCAACAGAGGUAAACUCGCCCAAGGCAAUUGCAGAGCCGGAGACUGUUUCUGUGAGUGUAAAGCCUUCUGACCUGGGCUGAACAAGGUAGAAAAAAGAACCUGUCCAUAGUCAAAUAAAUUGUUGCAUUUUAAAUAG